AUGGCAGUCGUCAACCAGGCUUUGGUUGUCUUGUUGGUCUGUAUCUUUCUUACUCAUUGCUUGGCAUCUGAAAUAUCCAUCUAUCAAAAAUCUGAUAUCAAGAAAGAUUGUCCAAAGAACUGCUUGUGUAGAAGCUCUGAAAUUAUCUGCACUCGACUAGAAGAGAAAUUUGCUGUUAUCCCGAAUGAUGUACAUCGAAUAAUUUUAGAGCAAGAGUUGGAAUGUAGCAACCAGAACAUAAAGCAGCUGGCCAAAUUAUCUAAUCAAAGACAUAUUCAACUUAUCGGAUAUUGUAUUCAAAACGAUCUGAGAAAUAAAAUACCUUUAAAUAAAGUACUAACAGUAUCAAACAGAGAUCGACGAGUUGUUGGUGAUUCGUUUAUUGGCUGCUAUUUCACUGAUGGAUUUUGUUCUUGGACACAAAGUGGUAAUAGACCGUUUCAAAGGCAAAUUACAAGUGUUGGCAACUUUCCAUUAUAUGCUGGUCCAUAUAUAUAUUUUUUUAAAAGCUCAUCAGAUGGUUUAAGAACGUAUGAGGCUAUUCUGACCACUCCAUCGCUAAUAUUGAAAAAAAAUGCCAAUUUUUCAUAUGUGACAUACACAGCAAUAGCUCGGACCAAUUUCUUGAACUCCUUUUCAUUUAGCUAUGCGAAAGGGAAUAGCUAUUUCGUGUUGAGGACACCUUCACUAAUGCUUGAUGGAUGGUGGCAUGGUUAUCGAUCCUCUGAUUUCUAUGAAACAUCUGCAUUUCGACUGAGAAUAUAUGCAGAAACAAGAUGGCAGUCGCAUUCUAACGGAAAUUUUGGACUGGAUAACAUAUUAAUCCACAACGUUGAAUUAGCUGGAAAUUCGACUUUCGCUACGGUCGGUCCCAUCGUUGCGGUAUUAAGCGCUGUCUUCGUUGUAAUAGUAAUCAUUUACAAGCGUCAGAUAUGGCGUCGAUUGAGGAAUACUUCACAAGUUCAACAGCAAAAUAAUAAUGUUGCUCUAAAGAAUGUCGACAAUCAUAAUUAUCCGCUUACAAAUUCAACAUUUAAUAUGGGUUCGCAAGCGACGCAUGGUCAGAAUUCAAUUUCUAUGCCAAAUCCAUCUUUACCGUCUCAAAUUCCGAGUGGUACCUCAACGGAAGUAGCUACCUACAGCCAGAAUUUAAUUCCUAUGCCAAAUCCAUCUUUAUCGUCUCAAACUCUAAGUACUUUUUCAACUGGGCCUAUAACUUCACGAUUUGAUGACAAAAAUGACAACUUUACUUCAAUGAAAGUCGAUAAUCAUAAUUAUCUAUCUACAAGCUCAGCAUUUAAUGCGGAUUCGCAAGCUACUUAUAAUCAAAAUUCAAUUCCUAUGCCAAGUCCGUCUUUCACGAGCCCAGCUCUGAGCGGUACCUUAGAGGGAGGAGUAACUUCACAAGCUGGUCAUUCAGAUAUCCCACCAGAUUAUGCAAAAGUGGUUUCAACAUCUUAA